CAGCAUCGGCCGCAUUGUGGGCUCAGCCAGCGAGCGGCGCAGCAAGCCAAGCAGCCAAAGCCAACGAUCAUCGCCUCGUCGUCGUCGGCCAUGGAGGAUCACUUCGGCCGGAGGAUAUCCAGGGAGGAGGAGGAGGCGGUGGUGAAGCCGACGAGGAGCUUCCGGUACGAGGACUACAGCACCAGGCGGGUGUUCCUGCGCAGCUACCCUCUACAGUGGGACUCGCCGGCGCCCGGCGGCGGCGUCGACGAGAAGCAGGGCGGGGCGGAGGACGACGACGAGGACCGGUACGGCGACGGCGGCGGCCGCGACAGGCGGUGGAAGCGGCAGGUGGUGGCGGCGGUGGUGGAGUGGGGCGAGGACAAGCUGCUGCUGCUCCGGCGGGUCAAGAAGCGGCUGGCGCUCUACCUCAUCGGCUGCCACUACAGCCGCCCCGCGCUGCCGUACAAGUACGGCGGCGGCUCAUGCACCACCGCCAUGCUCAAGUCCAUGUGAUCGCCCGCCGCCAUGGCGAGCUGGCUCAGCUGCUCGUGUUUGUCCAUGAUACGCGGCAGACAGUUGUUAGUCUGCUCGUGCCAUUAGCCUUUCCCUGCUGCUCUGUUUUGUGCGCCUGAAAUACUCUGUAUCUAUGUGUGUCCCUACGUAGAGGUAAUAAUAAGAGUUUGUACGAGUGAUGAAACGCUCAUGUAUAUACGUAUUUUCUUGUGAA